GUUACUUUAUGGCUAAAGAAAAUAUAUGAGAAUCAGCCUAUUCCACAGUAUGAAGUGAGUGCAGAGACAGUUGAUAUCCUGUAUGAGCUUGCAGAAUACAACGAAGCCAUCAACAGGGAUGAUUCUCUGCUGAUAGAGGACAUGGAGCAGCAGGCAACAGAAUAUGAAGAAAAAACUAACUAUCUGCAGGGCCUUCUUGAAGACAGCCUAGGUCUUUCUGUAAGCAGUCUGUCCAGUGAAGGCACCAGAUGCCUCAAUGCCCUAGCAGAGAGCGCAAUGAUACUUGAAACAAAGGACACCUCUCUUGCCAGCUUCUUCAGUGCCAUCAACAUCAUGACUGCGGAGCUGUAUGCAACAGAAUCAAAAAACCGAGAAAUGGCUCAGGACUUGAGCAACAUCGGGAAAAAACUAACAGAAGCGCUGAUGCUGGAAAAGAAGUUAGCGGACGAUCUUAAACAAACAGAGAAAUUUCUGGAAAUAGAGAAGUUGAAAGCUGACAGACGAACCCAGAACCUGAAGUUCCUGCAAAAGAAAACUGAGGAUAUGAAAAAGAGGAUCAAGGCCGCUGAGGACCAGCUUGCUGCCGCGGGGUUGGACCAAUCGCUGAUGCACGAGUCGCUCAUGAGCCUGUCUGAGAAGGUGGCUGAACUGCGGGAAGAAGUUGCACAGUUGAAUAAGAAACUGGAGUCCUACCUAGAUUUACCUCCUAGUCCUGCCCUUGCAAAAGUGAAGAUUGAAGAGGCAAAAAGAGAACUGGAUGCCUUGGAGGAGGAGUUCUCAAGGCAGGUUGAGAUAAUGACUCGCGAGAUGACGGAGUUCAGCAAACUCCGUUUAACAUGA